AUGAGUGCUGCCUUUGCAAGGAGUGCUGCCUUCGCAAGGAGUGCUGCCUUCGCAACGGGGGCUGCCUUUGUAGAGAGUGCUGUCUUCGUAAGGGGUUUUGCCUUCGCCAGUAGUGCUGCCUUUGCAAGGAGUGCUGCCUUUGCAAGGAGUGCUGCCUUUGCAAGGAGUGCAGCCUUCGCAAGGAGUGCUGCCUUCGCAAGGAGUGCUGCCUUCGCAAGGAGUGCUGCCUUUGCACAGAGUGCUGCCUUUGCAGGGAGUACUGCCUUUGCACAGAGUGCUGCCUCCGCAAGGAGAGCUGCCUUUGCAUGGACUGUUGCCUUCGCAAGGAGUGCUGCCUUUGCAAGGAUUGCUGCCUUCGCAAGGAGUGCUGCCUUCGCUAGGAGUGCCGCCUUCGCUAGGAGUGCUGCCUUCGCAAGGAGGUCUGCUUUCGCACGGAGUGCAGCCUUCGCACAUAGUGCUGCCUUCACACAGAGUGCUUCCUUUGACAGAGUGCUGCCUUCGCAAGGAGGGCUGCCUUCGCAGGGAGUGCUGCCUACGCAGGGAGUGCUGCCUUCGCAAGGAGUGCUGCCAUCGCAAGGAGUGCUGCCUUGCAGGGAGUGCUGCCUUCGCAAGGAGUGCUAA